GGUAGUAUAUGUAUAGGCCUGGGACGACACCAUCUCUAGCUGCCUAAUACACUCUUGAUCGUCUCUACCCUUCUUCCUUACAGACCCAAAGACAAAUCGGCAGAGAAACAGUAAGUUGCGAUAAUCACCCUUCAUCAGACGCCUUUCAUAAUCAACUGCCAACAACGUCAUAAAAAUGGACAACACGGAGUUACACGGUGCGGCAACGACAGCUGUUGAGGGUGGCGCAAGGAAAUCGAAUUUCAUUACAACAUAUGGCAAGGCGUGGAGCUUUUGCUAUGAGCACUCUAUCUAUUGCUUCCCGGCCUUCGUUGCCCUCCAUCUCACAGAUGGCUUGGCUUCUGAAGCGCCAAUGGAUUACUACAAUUCCUACGUCCCUUUUUUCACGCCCAACUAUACAAUCAUCAAGCACACGUACCAUCAGCAUCAGUACGUCUACAGUUUCAAGGGUAGAAUCACCACGACUCUGACGUUUGCCGUCCUACUGCUCCACGCCUUCAUCGCCAUACUACACACACUUUUCAUCGCCUUGUCAGGACACCCUUAGUAUAGCUUGUGGCGCUCGCGCUUCGGUCCAGGUCUGCGCAGAACCUGAAC